GCUCCUGGUCCCAGUUCUAUUCGGUACUCGCAGUCUGUCACAACGUUUGUUGAACCGCUGUGGUGUAGCGCGCGCUUUUUUCCCGGUGUGAUUGAAGCGAUUAGGUCGCUCUGUGGUGACUGACACAGAACGCGCUAGCUGGUGUACAUUCUAGCUCAUUGUUGGGGCAGAACUUUCGGUUGGGAAGGUGAGCGAGCGAAGGGAAUUUUCGCCACCACUGUACUAUCAGUUAACGAAGCGUGGAAAGUGUGGCUGAUGAUAAGUUUUUUUUUUCAUAUUAUUAUUUUUUCGUGGUGCUCACCAGUUUUGAAGACGAAAGUGUGAAAGCUGAGAUUAUCGUCCGUUUAUCUAUCUAUUCGUGAGGUUAUUUGUUCUACCUAUAUAGUCAUUGGUGAGGUGUUAUUUUCAUAAAAAGCGUGCGAUUAUAGCAGCCAGCUAAAGUCGAGUGUGUGGCGCGUUAAUCCAUUGCUGUGAAAGCUUUGGCGGAUACGAGCGCAUUAAGGACUCUCGGGCUCUGUGGUUGGUAAAGUGUAGCGGUCAGCUUUCAGACGCGUGAGAAGUUUUCCGGAAUAUACCCAUGUGUUGAGUGUUGUGGACUGCAACAGAGGUUUGCGGUAUUGUGUUACAGUCCUAUGUUUGCUUUGAUCCAAAACCAGAGCCACAUAAAUGUCAGCGCUCUAAUCAGACAUGGCAAGUUGUGAGGCACAGAAAAGGAAAAACCAGAAGCAUUCAUCCGUGCUCAAGUUGUCUGUUAGGUCUCCGUCGGAGACCCGCAAUCAGCGGGUAUAAUUAAGCCAAGGAAGGAUACUAAUUUCCUUGCGGUGGUUUUAUUGUGUUUCGAUUGUGUCCCGACUUGAGGAGAAUAGCUGAUGGGGAACGGUUUGACUUAAGCGAUGGGUAGCAAAAAAGAAAGCAUAUCGUGCUCAUCAGCGUGAAAGGAAGAAAAUUGAAAAGAAAAGUAAAAAAAUGAACACAAGUUCCCUUGAGCUGUCUUUUCCCUAAACUCUUUGGAAGUUCAGAGUGAAGAUUGUGGGAGGCAAUCCAGAUCAAAGUUGCAAGUGACACAAAGGUGCGAAGCCAAAAAAAAUCUCUUGAAAAACCAACCUAGCAUUAUUUACUGCUAUUGUUUGUGUUUCAAGGAGAUUGGUCCCCGAGUGAAGGUUGUUGUUAGGCAAAAAUAGCGCAGUUCGCCAUCUCAGGCGCGGUGUCAACGACAAAACCGACGGAAGGUGAAUGUCUCAGUAGCUUUUAAUAUUCCCGCAGGAAGUCUCGAGCAUGUAGAAUACAAAAAUCUCUUCUGAACGUUUGGCGUUUUUGUUUUGUUUUGUGUGUGUGCAGAGUAUACGAGAAGCAAAAGAAGAAAACAAUCGGCCCUAAAUAACAUAAAUUUCUUCCCUACUACCCAAGUGUAAAUCGAGCCAAAGUGCGGGUGUACAUUCCCUCGAAUGGCGUGCUUAAAUCGAAAGUCGUACCGACCCCAUUGCAGCAGCUGUGGCACAUCUUGGUAACAUUUUUAUGGGAAAAUAUUUCCCCCAGGCGGAGGGAACGACUCCAAGGACACAGAGGCUGCCAAAAGAAAGCCGUAAGUGCUGGUGCUGGCGCGUUGAGAUUUCCCGGAUCUACCAAUACAGAUCCGAUUGUCUGUAACUGGAGCCAAGCAAAGGGAGGAAAAAAAACAUCAAAACCUCUCGCUACCAGCACACGAUACCAGCUUUAGUAGACUGGGGAGCCAGGAGUAUCCGCAUGUCUGCCAACGGUGGAAUCGGAACAAGCUCGGAAGCCGUGUGGAAUCGAAACCAAGAUGACUUUAAAAAAGUUGGAAUUUAUACGAAAAUUAAUGACCAUUAAAUCGAAAUUGAAGCUUCAGUAAACGCGAGUGCAGUGAGCAGUUAAUUAUUUGGUGGCGAAGAGAGAGUGAAAAGAAGAGAACCCACAUACCGAGAAGAUUUUAUCCCACACUUAAAUGCGCAAAAAAGUGAGUUGCAGCAGUGGAAGGAAUUCGCCCACCAGUUGUAGUGUUACGGUUCAGCGGUAGUGGAAAGCAGAAAGUUCAAAUGUAAUGAGUGUAAUUAGAAAUAAUAAUCCGGCCAACGCUGUCGGUAAAAGAUGAGGAGUGAAACCCGUUACGUUACGUUCUGGCCGUUGUGUGUGGGUGUGAUAUUUAGCAAUCAGUGCUGAUUUCGACCGUGCAGAACGGAAAUAAAUUGAAUAAACCGUGGUUGUGAAUUCUAGUGUAAGGUGCUUGUAAAUGUGUGCUAUCAAGGCUGGUUAAUUAGUCCUUAAUCGAUUUAAUCUAGUGUGCAAUAGCUUAGCAGCGAGCUCGUGUGCUCCACUUUGCUGAUUGGUGCUCCGUACAGUGUAUGAUGUAUCCUUCCAAUGAUGACUUUCCGAAAUAUAUGUAUUCAGCAGCAGCAGCAUCACCAUCAUCACCAUCAUCAUCAUCAUCAUCACUGUCCGCAUCGGCUCCGAUAUCGUCCUACAAUCAGGAUGUUGCCCUGGAUGGUAGUGGCGGAGGUUUGUUCUUCAAUGGUUCCGGUGCGGCGUUGGCAUCGGCGGCGGCUAAGGCGGCCUCAGCGGCUGCGACCGGAUCUUCCGCGACGACGACAGCGGCGAACAUUUUCGGUGUCGGCCGAGUUGUUGGCGGUGAAUCCGGUGCAGCGGCAGGGGAUCACAUGAUUUACCGGGGCUACGGUACCGGGAUGCCGUCACUAAGUUCCCUGGACGUGGCUGCGACGGAGAGUAUUCUAGACGACGAUAUUGCCACCAAUGCCGGCAACUGGGUGGACGUACUGUUGACUGUUUUGAAGGCAUCGAUCAUGAUGUUCAUCAUUGUGGCUGCCAUUUUCGGCAACUUGCUCGUCAUUAUUUCGGUUAAGCGACAUAGAAAAUUAAGGGUUAUAACGAAUUACUUCGUGGUAUCGCUCGCCAUGGCUGACAUCAUGGUGGCAAUGAUGGCCAUGACAUUUAAUUUCAGUGUACAAAUAUCGGGAAGUUGGAAGUUUGGAUCCUUCAUGUGUGAUGUGUGGAACAGUUUGGAUGUGUACUUUUCGACCGCCAGCAUACUGCACCUGUGCUGUAUUUCAGUGGACAGGUAUUAUGCAAUAGUGAAACCACUUAAGUAUCCAAUAAGCAUGACAAAACGAGUCGUAGCCGUAAUGCUACUCAAUACCUGGAUAUCACCAGCAUUGUUGUCAUUCGUACCAAUCUUUGCCGGUUGGUACACCACGGAUAAGCACAAGGAGGACGUGCUGAACAAUCCGAACAACUGUCUGUUCAUUGUGAAUAAACCAUACGCCGUCAUCUCUAGCUCCAUCUCGUUCUUCAUCCCUUGCACCAUCAUGGUGUUCACCUACUUCCAGAUAUUCCGCGAGGCUAACAGACAGGAGAAACAGUUAGCGCUGCGCCAGGGGACGGCCAUGUUGAUGCACCAGCACAACACGGGCGGUGGCGGUGGCAGUGGCAGCGGCGGUGGAACGAACGGGGAAGCUCUCAGCGGUUCCGGAUCAUCCAAGACGCUAACCAUGCACGAGGUGGAUGCCGAACAGACGCUCACCAAGGAUCGACAUCUGAUCAAAAUGAAACGAGAACAUAAGGCUGCACGUACGCUGGGAAUCAUCAUGGGAACGUUUAUACUCUGUUGGCUCCCGUUUUUUCUAUGGUACAUCAUCACGUCGCUCUGCGACUCCUGCCCUAAUCCCGACAUCGUAGUUGUCCUGGUUUUCUGGGUCGGCUAUUUCAACUCGACGUUGAAUCCGCUCAUUUACGCUUACUUCAACCGAGACUUUCGGGAAGCGUUCAGAAACACACUGGAUUGUAUGUUCUGCGCCUGGUGGCGACGAGAAACGUCCCCACUGGACAUCAACGUGCGCCGGUCGAGCCUGCGGUACGACAGUCGGGCGAAAAGUGUUUACUCGGAGAGCUAUCUGAGGCCCUCGCAGAACGAUCGAUUCAACAGUGAAGUUGGCGAAAGUCUAUAAUACUGUCUGGCUGAAUCCAGCGGUCACAACGACAAACCCACCAGUUACCAGUCGAGAAGAAGGUAAGCCGAGCACGAGAGUCAAACGAAGAAACACAACAUGCAAAACAAUUAGCACAAAAAGCAGAAAAUUUCAAUAUUUAAUUUUGACUACUGCACAGCAAGCAUGACAGAAGCCAGUGCUGCCAGAAUUGUCCUCAAGCAGAAGAUUAUUCACGAAACGCGACGAGAGACAGGACACAACACUUAUUGUUCUUACAAAACAAACACCUUGAAAGAUCUGUUGUGUAAUUCAAAAGACAAAGUACCCCCGUAUGAAAAAUCAGGUAUCUACCAAAUCCCCUGCAAAAACUGCUCCGCGGUUUACAUUGGCCAAACACGACGAAAAUUGAAAGUGCGACUGCGAGAGCAUAAGAAUGCAGUUGACAACGAUCGGGCUAAUGAUUCGAGUGUGGCAGCACACACCAUAUCCCAAAACCAUGCCAUCGACUGGGAAAAUGCAAAAUUAUUAAAAAAUGUACGAAAAACAUCGAACCUAAACGCAUGGGAAUCAAUGUACAUCACCACCGCCGACAAUCCAUUAAUGAAUGAGGAUGAUCCCCCAAUACUCUCCUCGCUCUUCCACCUGACGAAGCUGUAACAGUGGUGAAAUUGUGAUAUCUAGAAAACAACAACUACUAUGCGCAACUAGUCGGACAUCGUCCAGCUGAUGGGCAAGAUCGCUGCCCGAAACCGGUCGACUAAAAAGAUGAAUUAAAUUCCUUUUUUAUGUUUCGUAAGAACAAUAAGUGUUGUGUCCUGUCUCUCGUCGCGUUCCGUGAGUGUUAUCGGGGUUCUUACGUUAGCACCAAUGAAUAUUGUCAAAAGAUUAUUUUAAGGCAAUUUAGCCAAUGUGUUAAUUAUGGAAGCCAGUUCUAAUUCUUUAGAAUAAGCAUUAUUCGAUUCAUUCGCUCAUGGCACUGACGGCACUGGCCUAACCGAAGAAAUGACUGGUCCACAAACGUUUGAUAGAAACAAAAAAACCAUGCACACAAAGAAAACCGAAACAACAUAGUGAUUUAGGGUAAAGAAUAUUCAAAAGUGAGACAGAAGAAAAGAGAUUAUUUUCCAACCGAGAUAAAACAGAAACAGAGCCUCGGAAAAACGCUACAGUGCUUCCGGUUGGUACGGUCGAAUGAAAGACAGAUAUGCAGUGUCAGUGCGCGCGGCAGGAUAGAGUUAAUUUAUUUACUUUUCUGCUGCCGGGUUUGUUGUGAUUGUUUUCUUUUUUUAUUUUGCUUUCUCUCUCUUGUUGUUAUUGCAUUUAAGCGCCAGCCAGACUCCCUAGCGAGCGACACAAAAAAAAGCUUUAAUAAAAUUAAAUUGCUUCUCUCCACCGACGUUCUGUCUGAGCUUUGGUCCGGCUCUCAGGAAGAGGAACUCUACUCGACAUAAUCAAAUGUGGGGGCAUUCGCUCGAGUGGCGGAAGCGGCAUCUUCCGCAUUUCAAAAAAAAAACGUCAAGAAAUACAACAGAACGAAAAAUGAGAAAGCUGUAAUUAAUUACCCGUCGGAAGUAGACGGGCGAUGAAUGUUUUUUUCAUUGGCACCCCCAGGUUUUGGAGCCUCGUCAGUUGCCUGCAAAAAUGUGAAAGAGUGCUUUCGUCCUGAAAAAUGAGUGCCGCAAUUAAUUAGAAAGCCAGUUGGCCACCGUCUGCGGAACGGGUCGAAGCUGGCUGCGAAGCGGUGCUAAAUUUAACGCCAAAUUUAAUUGCUACGAUGUGUUGUCGAGCAGCAGCGUACAAUCCUGGUUGGGCUCCUGUGCAGGUGUAAUUAGGACGAAGAAAUUAGCGAAAUUGAUCGAUUCUAGAACUAGAAUUUUUCUAUAAGGUUGAAAAUAAUCUGGCUCAUAAAAUUUUAACAGCUGAGUUUUCUGUAACUAAUUCGGUAAUUAAUUUGUUUGACGGGUGUACAGUGAACCAGAGUUUUUCCUUAUACAAUAAUCUUAUUUGGAAAGGAAAACAUUUAUAUACUAGAGCCAUAGUUUCCGCUUUCACUGUUUAUAGAGGAAAAUGACUUAAUGAAUGGUUUUCGGGAUAUGUUCUGAAAAUUUGAUUCCCAUGUAUGAAAUUAAAAGGCAUCUACCUGAUCGUAAAGACGUUUCUGGACACUACAAUAUUAUUUGCCUCGAAAACAGAAGGUUCGUUAAAUAUUUGUUAAAUUUUUGCACUUAUAGCGGAACACUAAAGAUUAGUCAGUAGGCAGAAUUGAAUAAAGUCGCAUGGCAUUCCAGAUUAAGCAAAAAUACGAACAUUGGAAACGAAUCGUGAAAAUGAUGACUAACUUAUAUAAUUUGAAACUGCAUCAACUUCACCACCGUCGAUUUCAAAACAAACAAUCAUCCGUUUAAAUUAGAUCAAGAUGGUAACCGACCGUCUUCCAAUCGCAUCCCUCACCAACACCUGCCAAUGGGAACAAGUUCGAGUUCGAGUAGGGCGAGAAACCGACCGACCGUCAGACUGCACAUAUUUCAUAAAUAUAUAAAUAAUCGCUAGCUUCCAUUACCCGAUAACCUCACGUUCGAUCCGUAUCCAGCACUCAGUCUGACUGCCAUACUGUCGCCAGAUUCGUUACACUUGUUUUCCCAUUUCGUGUGCGCUUUGAUGCUUUUUAAUUAGUCAGGCAUGUGUCGGUACGCCAAUUUUAUGACAUCGUUAGUAAUUUCGGUUUGACCUCUAGUUUAGCGGUUGCUGUCGUCAACUAGCCGCAAUGCUAGCCCUGUCAUACACCCGUCGUUUACGAUUGGGAUUAUUAAUAAUCUCACGCUCGGUUUUCGACUGCGUAUUCCAAAUGUGUCACAUGGAUUAGGCCUUGGCUAAAUUAUUUUCAGCCAAGUUCUAAGUGGGGUUUACAUAUCAACCAAUGCUGACAAAAUGUUAUUAUUCAUCAGAUGUAUUUGUAUUAUUCACACGCAAACUUAAGAUAGUGCGAUGCGAAAUUAGGGCAUUAGGUUGAUGUGUUUUAACCAUAACGCACCAUGAUCCUACAGAUACUAAAAAUCUCUCUCGAGAAUUUUAUCUCUACCAACACUAAGUUUCAGCCUGUGUAAGUAGAACACUUCGAAUAGAAUGUUUCCAGACUUUUAUUUAAACUCAAUUUCAUUACAUAAAAUAAAUGAUCAUUCCGCGUCGAACACUCGACAGAAACGAACGUGCAAAGUGGUCGUUCUAUUACAAUCCGGUCCUUGUGUACGAAUAGCCAAACAAAAGAGUGUAUUAUUCGCGCUAAAGGCCAACUAGAUUGUGAGUAGUGUCGCUACGUUCUGUACCCGGCUCGCAACUUUGGCUGUAUUGGAGCAAAUUACCAGCUGCAGUUUUGAUCUGUGCACAGUGAAUAUUUUUUUUUUUUUUUUUUUAAGGGGGGAUUUGUUAGUAGCUUAAGUAUUUAUGAUAAAUAUUAGUAAAUAAUGAGUAUGUGUGUCCAAUCACAAAUGGUGACUUCUCAACACUGUUAGAAAUUUGUAAUUUUAAUUGUUAGGAUUUGUUUGCUUUCGCAAUUAGGACUUAUCAUUCGUAGGGAUUUAAACCUACUUGUCAGAAAAGGGGAAGUAAACUUACAACUAACUUAAUUGCUAACUUAUUGGCUAUAAAGAGAGCUUAUCGUAGCAAUUGAGGAUUGCAACGAUUUUUGUCGAAAAUUGUUAAUAAUUUUAUUUGACAUAGCUUCUAAUGGUUCAACACCAGUAAGUCUAUGUAAUUCGAGUGUACCAAACCAAGGAGGACGCUUCAAAAUCAUUUUCAGAAUUUUAUUCUGAAUCCUUUGGAGCGUUUUCUUCCUUGUUGAACAGCAACUUGACCAGAUCGGUACAGCAUAAAGCAUUGCUGGUCUAAAAAUUUGUUUGUAAAUCAAAAGUUUGUUCUUUAAACAAAGUUUAGAAUUCCUGUUAAUGAGAGGAUAUAAACAUCUCGUAUAUUUGAUGCACUUGGCUUGUAUACUCUCAAUGUGCUCUUUGAAAAUAAGUUUUUUAUCAUAAAUUAGUCCCAAGUACUUAACCUUGUCGGGCCAACUUAAAAUAACCCCAUUCAUCUUGACAACGUGAUUAUUGUUUGGCUUGAGGAAAGAAGCCCUAGGCUUAUGCGGAAAAAUUAUCAUUUGAGUUUUAGAAGCAUUGGGAGAGAUUUUCCACUUUUGCAAGUAGGAAGAAAAAAUAUCUAAACUUUUCUGCAAUCGACUGCAUAUGAC